AUGGUCCUUCAGGAUCUAGGACGGCGCAUCAACGCCGCCGUCAAUGACCUAUCGAGGUCUAACAACCUCGACGAGAAGGCAUUCGAUGACAUGCUCAAGGAGAUCUGCGCUGCCCUUUUGUCCGCCGAUGUGAACGUCAAGCUCGUUCAGACCCUCCGAAAAUCGAUCAAGAAGAGUGUCGACUUUGCUUCCAUUCCCGCCGCCACCAACAAGAAGCGCCUGAUUCAGAAGACCGUUUUCGAUGAGCUGGUGACAUUGGUUGAUCCUCAAUCAGAGUCCUUCCGUCCUAAGAAGGGUCGCUCUAAUGUCAUUAUGUUUGUUGGUCUACAGGGUGCUGGUAAAACGACCACCUGUACCAAGCUUGCCCGCCACUACCAGAUGCGUGGAUUCAAGACAGCGCUGGUUUGCGCGGAUACCUUCCGUGCCGGUGCUUUCGACCAGCUUAAGCAGAACGCAACUAAGGCCAAGAUUCCCUACUAUGGUAGCUUGACCCAAACAGAUCCUGCUGUUGUGGCGGCUGAGGGUGUGGCCCAAUUUAAGAAGGAGCGAUUCGAUAUCAUCAUUGUUGAUACCAGUGGUCGUCACCGACAGGAGGAGGAGCUGUUCAAUGAAAUGAUUCAAAUUCAAGAGGCCGUCACUCCCGACCAGACUAUCAUGGUUCUCGACAGCACUAUCGGUCAGGCCGCAGAGGCUCAGUCAUCGGCGUUCAAGGCUUCUGCUAACUUUGGUGCCAUCAUUAUCACUAAGACCGAUGGUCACGCAGCGGGUGGUGGUGCCAUCUCUGCUGUUGCCGCUACGAACACUCCUAUUAUUUUCCUUGGAACCGGUGAACACAUGAUGGACUUGGAGCGAUUCGAGCCUCGUUCAUUUGUCUCAAAGUUGCUAGGUAUGGGUGAUAUGGCCGGGCUACUUGACCAUGUGCAAGCCGUCACCAAAGAUUCUGCUGCUGCUAAGGAGACCUACAAGCAUAUUGCCGAGGGUAUCUACACCAUUCGUGACUUCCGUGAAAACAUUACAUCUAUCAUGAAGAUGGGACCUCUCUCGAAGUUAUCCGGUAUGAUUCCUGGUCUGUCCAACUUGACACAGGGUCUGGAUGAUGAGGAUGGUUCUAUGAAGCUGCGACGCAUGGUUUACAUCUUCGACAGUAUGACGGCGGCUGAGAUGGACAGUGAUGGCAAGGUCUUUGUUGACAAGCCCAGUCGUAUGGUCCGAAUCGCUCAUGGAAGUGGUACCACCGUCCGUGAGGUUGAAGAUCUGCUGUCACAGCACCGCAUGAUGGCCGGUAUGGCUAAGCGUGUCGGUGGCCAGAAGAAGCAAAUGCAGCGUGCCCAGAACAUGCUGAAGGGUGGAAACAAGGAUCAGCAAAUGGCUGCUAUGCAAAAGCGUAUGCAGGCUAUGGGUGGUGCUGGUGGAAUGGGAGGAAUGGGAGGAAUGGGAGGCAUGCCCGGCAUGGGAGACAUUAGCAAGAUGAUGCAGAUGAUGGGUGGUGGUCAAGGAGGCGGUGGUAUGCCUGGCAUGGGAGGCAUGGAUAUGCAAGCUAUGAUGAGCCAGAUGAGCGGCUUGAUGGGUGGAAUGGGUGGAAUGGGCGGAAUGCCAGGCAUGGGUGGUGCUGGUGGAGGUGGUAGUGGUGGACGUGGAAGAGGAGGACGGUAG